AUGAUCCCCUCUGAGGGGAUCCUCCCUUUCAAGACUGUACGGCCCAAGAGAUAAGCCUAUAGUUACUGGCAGUAAUUUCACCGCAUUGACCCCUAUGUUAUUAUCAACAGAUCAACCAAUCCUGUAAUAUUCAAAUAAAGAGUCUAGAUAUGCAGGCCUGGAAAUUCACUGCAGCGUAUAUGCUCCACGUUCCUACAGUCAUAUUUUUGGUUCCAUUCUCAUGAGUAUAACCUAUUGAUAGAUUUCCUGCCUGACUUGUGAGGAGCUGUUUGAAACUGUAUCCUUCUGAAUCCGGAAAUUGUAAAGAUUAGAGUCAUUAGAUCAGGGUCAAAGGAAUAUCUUAGAAUAAAAAUAUUCAGCUUGGACACAGGAGUCAUGGCUUUUUAUUGUCGAACUUGAUUAUCAUUUCUGGCCAUGUCUUGACAUGUUUUACUUUGUUUGGGUGCUAUCACUUGGAAUGUUGUGUUCAGGACUUUUUCUUCUUCUUUUUUUAUUUGUCCUGAAUUCAGUGAGAUUCUUCAUAUUGUAGGACUUAAUAACAAUUUAAUUGUAUUCAGAGUCACAUUGAGAGGUCUUUUUAGAGUUAUCUUAUUCAAGCAGCAAGAUCUGGGACCGAUCCCAAUGCCACGCAGCCUAUCUCGGAGGUGGGCCGGUGUUGCCCAUGCCAUGCUUGGUGUAUAAAAGCACCCACAGUCCAGUGCUCUUCACGGCAUUCAACCUCAACCACAAGAACCAACAAGAUGACUUCUCUCAAUCCUAAGGACAUUACCACAGUCAAGGCCUUCUGGGGCAAAGUGUCUGGCAAGGCAGAGGAAAUCGGCGCUGAUGCUCUGUCCAGGAUGCUGGUGGUGUACCCCCAGACUAAGACCUACUUCUCCCACUGGAAGGACUUGAGCCCCGGCUCUGCCCCAGUGAGGAAGCACGGAAAAACCGUGAUGUCUGGAGUUGCAGAUGCUGUCUCCAAAAUUGACGAUUUGACAGGUGGUCUGCUGAGCCUCAGCGAGCUGCACGCCUUCACUCUGCGUGUGGACCCUGCCAACUUCAAGAUUCUUGCCCACAACAUCCUUGUGGUCUUCGCCAUCAUGUUCCACGAAUUCACCCCUGAGGUCCAUGUGGAUGACAAGUUCCUGGCCGCCCUGGCUCGUGCCCUGUCUGAGAAGUACCGAUAACGGUAACCAGGACGCAGGCAUGCAGCAUGAAGGACGGCAGCUUGGGCUUGGAUUCUCUCUGUCAGUCUAAAUAUACAAAUAAAAGAUUAAAUGCAAUGGAA